AUGAGCAUGUGCCGUGUUUGGGGAGACAUUCUUUUUUGGUUUACGGUUUACCCAGCCGAUGCAGUGCAGAAGGUGUCUCGCUUGAUUCACCGCAUAGUGGAGGAGCGAAAGGGAUCCGUAUUUGGAGACGUUCCAGAAGUCCAGGACUAUUUCACCAGUGCAUGGUUGGAAGCACAGGGGAUAAGGACUUUUGUUGCCUGCAGAUGGGAAGUGCUGGGAGCUUUUGCCAAGAGGCCGAACGCUCGGAUCGAGGGACUGGUGGCUCUGAGGGAGCUGACCUUUCUCUUGGAACAUGUGGGGAUGUCCCAGUGGAGCGGAGCGGGAGGGGUGGGACUUCCGUUGGGCGUCGGGAUGCAUGCAAAGGAAUCUGCUCAAUGCUUUGCCCACGAGAUUACCACGCCAAUCCUCCGGUGCUUCUCCGAUGAGGACGACUACUCCGCACCCGGACCAGAGCGGACGAUCCGCGGAUACAAGGCUUGCGAAGCCUUCUACAACGUGGCCAAAGUCAUCCGCCGCGGAGUGCUUCAAGAUAUGGAGUCCGUCUUUGACGGCCUUUGCAAGCUGUAUACUGACGUGGAACAAACCAUCAAGGAGGGCGCCCAAAGCUUGGAUCGCUUGGUCCGGGACAUCGUCGUGGAGCAGCGGCGCUUUGACUACUCCACGCUGAUUCCGCUGAUCGCCGCACGGAUCCAUGUGCUGAACCCCUCGGUUCGCCAACUGGUCUUGGGCUGGAUCGUUCUCCUCGACUCCCUGCCACAGGUGGAUAUGAUAGCGUUUCUGCCCCAUUAUUUGGAGGGGCUCUUCGGCAUCCUGGCCAGCGACAAUCGCGACUUCAGGAUGCAGGCAGCGGGGCGGGCACGGGCUACAAUCGCCUGGCACAGGGGUUUGAGAGGGACUUGA